AUGAAGUUGAUCCAGGUAGGUGUAAACGAAUAAGGCGCCCACUCAAGCAGAACAUGGGAUCAGCGUGCGGUUCUUGCUCAUUCACUGCUGAGAGAAGCAACUUUAGAAUAGCAUGAACUGUUUAUUGAGGUUGCAAUGCAAUGGUUACUGCUUGGGUCUUUCGAAUGCUAGAUGGGUUAAGCAUUUCAGGGAGUGCGACGGCAGCAAGGGUAUCGUGCAAGCUACGGGCAAACCCUCCAAGUGCCCCUAUUUCCCAGAUUUGCAGAAGCCGUCCUAGUGUCUCAUUUGAUUCCGGCACGUCCCAAUUUUCCUUGGAUAAAUAUGGAGAUAUGUGACCCAACCCACCAAGUCAAGGAGAUAAGUAACUAUACAACCUUUAGAAGACAUCUGAAGGCAGCCCUUUAUAGGGAAGUUUUUUAAUGUUUAAUGUUUAAUGUUUAAUUUUUAAAAAAUGUUUUUAUACAUGUUGGAAGCCAUUCAGGGUGGCUGAGCAGGCUAUAAACAAAUAAUAAUAAUAAUAAUAAUAAUAAUAAUAAUAAUAAUGAUGUUCCUAUUUUCAUUGGAGAAAUGUUGGAGGGUAUGCUAUAUAGUGAAAAAGACACUAGCAGGGCUAAGGGAAUCUUAAGGUUUACAGAAUUACAAUUUUUUGUUGAGGGAAAACGCUUAGGAGGCAAUUCCCUGCCCUAAUCUCAGUGCCCUGGAGCGUGGCUGGCGUGCCAUUGAGGCAGUGUGAGGUGACCUGUUUUGGGACGCAUGCUCUGAGGGGACGAGAGGUCCCAAUCCUGACUCGGUUUCGGGUAAGCCAAAGGAGGUAGCUGAAAACCGAAAAACAUUGGUAACAGCUAGUGGAAUGCCCCCUUUCUGCCCAGAGCGGCUGCAUUGAUCCUGGUCUCCUCCCAUCCUGCAGGAGUGUGAGCCCGGAUUUGGGGGUGGGUACCCGUGGCAUGUCUUGCCUCGGACGUCAAAAUGUGUUGGACCAGCCUUAAAGUGGGAAGCAUUCCUGUUCACAGUGGUAUGCUGCUGCUUUAAAUGUGCUGGUGGUGCCUCGGUUUUGCCCUUGUAGAACUCAGCAGGGAGGAGAGCCCAAUUACCGCUCUAGGUAAUUGGUUGUGUUAUAAGAAAAACUGCUCCCUUUCCCUUAUGGCAGGGUUUCCCAAACUCGCCAUUUAUUUUUGAACAACAACUCCCAUCAUCCCUAGCUAGCAAGACCAGGGGUGAGGGAUGAUGGGAAUUGUAGUCCAAAAACAGAUGGAGACCUAAGUUUGGACAACACUGCCUUAUGGGGUAUUCCAGAGCCUGUAUAGAGUCCUUAGGUGGGUUCCCUAUCGGUAGGAGAAAACCUGUAGCCUUGCCAAAGCGCGCUUAGUUCCUGAAUCUCUUACACAUAUUGAUAGUGUGCUCAGCUUAACAGAUACUUCCCAAACUGUAUUUGAAAAGGGAGGUGCAAGUCCCUACAGCCAAAAAGACAAUUGGAAAGCUUAUUUGGGAGAGUCAAAAUGGCUUCAGGAUUGUUCUCCUGUACUACAGUCAUACCUCAGGUUACAGCCGCUUCAGGUUGCGUUUUUUCGGGUUGCGGACCGCCGAAACCUGGAAGUACCGGAACAGGUUACUUUCGGGUUUUGGCAGUCACACAUGCGCAGAAGUGCUAAAUCGCGCUUUGUGCAUGUGCAGAAGCACCGAAUCGCAACCUGCGCAUGCGCAGAUGUGGGUUGCAAACAUGCAUCCCGCACGGAUCACGUUCACAACCCGGUCGUCUACUGUAUUUCAGACACAUGGUUUAUAUACUUACAUAUGUGUUGUAGAUGUGCCUUGUAGAUUGAUGAACACUUACCAUAUUUUUCGCUCUAUAAGACGCACCAGACCAUAAGACGCACCUAGUUUUUGGAGGAGGAAAACAAGAAAAAAAAUAUUCUGAAUCUCAGAAGCCAGAACAGCAAGAGGGAUCGCUGCGCGGUGAAAGCAGCAAUCCCUCUUGCUGUUCUGGCUUCUGGGAUAGCUGCGCAGCUUGCAUUCACUCCAUAAGACGCACACACAUUUCCCCUUACUUUUUAGGCGGGAAAAAGUGAGUCUUAUGGAGCAAAAAAUACGGUAUUUUAUAUUUGAGACCUUAGAAUUCUUAUAACAGUUGUGUUGUCGCUCCUGCUGUCAAGACUUUUCUCCUGAUGCUCAAGCACUUCCUACCGCAUUAGCUCUAACCUUGCCUCCUUCUGGUACCCCCACCCACCCACCCACCCAACCCCUUAAAACCACCAUGGCAACAAUUUCACCAACACCUGGUAUAGACCUCAGACUAGCCUCGCUCUCAAACUCCUCAAUCCCUGCUUCUCACCUCUCCCUCCUUUUACAACCAGGGAAAGAUCCUCUUGCUGGCAGCCUUCUUCCUGUUGGUGGCUACCCCCACCGCCAGCCGCAGGAGCAACGCGGGCAUCACCAGCCACACCCCUGCCUGCCGCCCCAUCAAUGUCACCAUCGCGGCCGAGAAAGAAGACUGCCUCGUCUGCAUGCCCAUCACCACCACCAUCUGCAGUGGCUACUGCGAGACCAGGGUGUGUAUGUGCGCGCUUGUGUGCAUAUGUGGGGCGUUGUGAAGCGGGGGAAUGGGGAAUGCCAUUCUAGGAAGCCAGGCACCCAUUUGAAGCUCAGAAUUAUGCAGUAUUGACCUGAGCGGAGCACGUGUUGCUAAAUCAAAGCAGCCCACCAGAUGGCGCCAGCACUCCAGCUCCCAUCGGUCCUGGCAUCAAGUGCAUCCGAUUGGGCAAGCUGAGAGAAAAGUUCGCCUGCCAGCACUGUGGUGGACAUUUUAACAGCUGAAGGCACUUAAAUAAUAAAUAUUUUUUUAUUUAUCCCUCGCCCUUCCUGGUUCAGAAAACCGGGCUGAGGGCGGCUAAUAACAAAUUUAAAACACUUAAUUGUAGAAGCAGCAUAAAAUACAGCAUAAAAGCAUGAAUAACAAUAAAACUCAAAGUUCAGAAAUCAAUUUGGGGGAAAUCCAUCUAAUAAGCAUUAGUCGCCAGGGCUAGCUGGCUGAAUUAGUCCUACUUGGGCCAGCGAGGAGGCCAAGGGAGAAUUAGCUGUGGGGUCUCAGAGCGGGUAAUCUUCAUAAAAGGGGAGGGGGAGGGAAGAGUUGGGAAAUAAAAGAUCAGGCUGAAUUCAAAUUAAAGGCCAGGCGGAAUAGCUCUGUCUUACAGGCCCAACGGAAGGAGGUUAAAUCCUGAAGGGCCCUAGUCUCAUGGGACAGAGCAUUCCACCAGGUUGGAGCCAUCACUGAAAAGGCCCUGGCCCUGAUGGAGGAUAGUCUUCCUUAGGGCCCGGGACCUCCAAACUAUGGUUAUUCAUGGACCUUAAGGUCCUCUGAGGGGCAGACCAGGAGAGGCGGUCCCGUAAAUACGAGAGCCCUAAGCCACUUGAGGAGGUUGUGGAGACCAGGGAAAGGCACUGAGGAAGGUACAUCCUGGAAAGUCAGGAAGAGAUGCCCAGAAGGUUCCAUUCAGGGCCUGAGCCUAAAGUUCCCUAUCCCUGGUCUACACGAUUGUCAAACGUCUUUCUUGAAAAUUAGAAGGCACACAAGUGCACUCCUUUUGGGGGGCUUUAGCACUGAACCCCGAAGUGAGUAAGCAUGUCACUAUGCCCUCCAAAAAGCAGUGCUAAGAAAAGGGCAGAUGAGAAUUUUGUGAGCCUCUUGGGCUUGCCGAUCAGGUUGGCAGUUUGAAUCCCCGUGAUGAGGUGAGCUCCCUCUGCUCUGUCCUAGCUCCUGCCAAGCGAGCAGUUAAAAGCACGCCAGUGCAAGUAAAUAGGUACCGCUCUGGCGGGAAGGUAAACGGCGUUUCCGUGCUCUGCUCUGGUUUCUGUCACAGUGUCCCGUUGUGCCAGAAGCGGUUUAGUCCUGCUGGCCACAUGACCCGGAAAGCUGUCUCUGGACAAACGCCGGCUCCCUCGGCCUGAAAGCGAGAUGAGCGCCGCAACCCCAUAGUCGCCUUUGACUGGACUUAACCGUCCAGGGGUCCUUUACAUUACUAUGCCUCACCGUCUGUGUUUGGGUUUGCUACUUACAGGGGGAGAAUCAUGUAAACCACCUUGGCUUUCUUGGAAGACAGGAGGGAUAGAAAUAUGUUAAGUGUGGCAAUGUUAAAGGUUGAUUUGUUUCGUGAAAUUUAUACACUGCUUGAUGGUUAGAAAAGAACUCAAAGUUUACGAAGUUCCCUGUCAGGUUUUUCAUUUUGGUUGCUGCCCUGCUCCUCCUAUGUUAGCAAGGGCGAGUCAGACAUGUCUAUAACUUCCCUUUAUUUUCCUCCCUGCCCGGUGACUUCCUUUACAGGAGAUGUUGCUGAAGGACGAGCGAAUCGUCUUCAACCAGAGAGUCUGCACCUACAAGGAGGUCCGCUACGAGACCAUGCUGCUGCGCGGAUGCCCAGCAGGUGUCGAUCCGAUCUUCACGUACCCUGUGGCUGUCAGCUGCCACUGCGACCUCUGCAAAGUGGCCUCCAGCGACUGCACUGUUCAGGGCACUGGGCCAAACUCCUGUAGCAACCCAAACCCCUUUGUCUAA